UGUCAUUAUUAAUGACAAACAAAUAGCUUUAGAUAAGAAUUUACACAAUAAAAAAUCAUAUUUAAUAUAUAAAAUGAGUUCAGAUACAAACGUCGAGGUUGUAUUUGAGAAGGAUAAGCAGGAAGAGACAGAAGUUGAAGAAAUAUCUGUAUCUUCUGAGGAACCUCCUAUGGAAGAAUGGUCUUCGCUCAUUAUUGAACAACCCGAGGAAAACAUCAAAAGAAUUAACUACACAAAAGGUCUGUAUGACCCUGGCAGCGGUGAAAUAUGUACAAACUAUAUUACUAUGUCUUCAAGUUCCGUUCUGCGACAUCCGUAUUAUAAUUAUCCAGCGAUUUUAGAUUUAGGUGUCAAAGAAGCACUUUUAAAUCCUGAACCAUUGAUUAUUUAUCCAGAAGAUGGUCAGGAUUUAUACUUAUCGUUGUGCAAAGAAUCAGGAUUGACACCAAUAUCUAGUUUCCAUCGGCAAUUAUUGGAAAAUGAAAUUAAUUUGCGAUAUUACGGAAUACAACAAAAAGCUUUCAGGGCGAUAGCAUUGUCUUUAAAUUCGAACAUGUUUGUAAACAUUUUGGAUUUAACCGAUAAUUGGAUCGAUAAAGAUGGAUGCUUUCAUUUAGGUGAAAUGUUGGCAGAAAAUGGCACUUUAACUGUAUUAAAUUUGUGUGGCUGUAGGAUCGGACCUGAAGGAGCUAAACGACUGUUUAUCAAUUUACCAAAGAAUAAAACUUUACAAGAAUUGAUUCUAAGCAGGAAUCAACUUUACGACGAAGGUGUUGAACAUCUAGCUUUGGCUAUAAAACGUGGAACAGCUGUAUGUAAAAUAAAUUUAAGUUAUAAUAGCUUAUCUGAUCAGGCCGUUUUACAUAUCGGUGGUGCUUUAGAAGUAAACAAUAAAUUAACUCACCUUAAUUUAUCAUGGAAUAUGCUUAAGUCUCCCAACGCUAUAUUCGAUUUAUGCUGUAAGUUAGAGGGAAAUGAGAAUUUUUUGGAUCUAGACCUAUCUUGGAAUACUUACGCCGGUCAAAAAGUCGGUAUUUCUUUAGGCAUACUUCUAAAUAAUCCCAAUUUCUUGUACCUUAAUUUAAGUAAUAACAAAUUAAAUACUCAAGUAGUUAAUAUUUUAGUAAAAACUUUAAGAGAAAAGUCACGUCUUCUUUCUUUAGAUAUGUCAUGUAAUCCCCUAACGUCUACCGAUGCGUACCACUUAUUAUCAACCAUGUUGAAGUCCAAAGUUAAACUACAAAAGCUUAAACUGGAUAACAUACUGGUAACAACGCAGUUUCUAACUCUUCGGGACAGAGUUCUAAAAUUAAAAUUUCGUAAAGACGCUGAAAUCACGUACGGAGACGUUUAUACAAAACCUGUUCAUAAGAAUAUUGAUCUUAGAGACUUAGUAUUGAACAGGAUAGACUAUCUUUGCAGAACGAAAUUCAAAAAACAUCACGUUGAUAUAGCGUUGAUAGUAAUGGAGUUGUACAAAUUAGACAAAGAGCCAAUGCCUACGAAACCAUUUCUAAAAGAACUGAAAGAUCGCGGUUUACCCUUGGAAGAAGAUUUAGCGAAUCAGUUCACAAGUUUGUUCGCGGGGCCUUUUAGAAAUAAAUCAACGACUGUAAACAUGGCGGCCAUGAUAGAUUUCUUCAAACGCAAGUGGCCGGAUCGAAAACUGCCACCCACACCUCCGCCCUCGCCCCCGCCAGAACCACCACCACCACCCCCACCACCAAAAAAAGGUGGAAAGAAACCUCCAAAGAAACAGAAAUAGUGUAAUUGAAAAUGAUAUUUUUAUAGCGGAUAUUGUAGUAGUUUCUAGCGUUAUUUAUUUGUUAAUUAUUAAUUUUAACUUUGUAGCUGUUGUAUUAAAAAUACCACUUUGUUUA